AUGAAGCGUUUAGUGAUUUGCAUAUUAUUGCUGGGCAUCUGCCAUGCCACGCCCACCUUACAUAAACUGAAAGAGUUUAAGAACUCUUUGCUUUUCGGUAGAGGUGGCGGAGGCUGCGGCGGUGGCUGUGGUGGUGGUGGUUACGGAGGAGGUGGAUUUGGUGGUGGUCACGGUGGCUAUGGCACCCCCAGCAUUCAAGUGUACGCCGUGAAGCAAGUGCCUUCGUAUAGCAGCGGUGGUUAUGGAGGUGGCGGAUAUGGCGGAUAUGGCGGAGGAGGUGGUGGUUUUGGCGGUGGUAGUAGCGGCUGCGGCUCUGGUGGAUGCGGUGGCGGUGGUGGCUUCGCUCCAAGUUAUGGCGGCAGCGGUGGUGGUGGUAGCGGUUGUGGUCCUGGUGGCUGUGGCGGCGGCGGCGGUUUUAAACCCAACUAUGGAGGUGGUGGUUUCGCGCCAAGCUAUGGCGGCGGCGGUGGCGGUGGCGGUUUCGGCGGCUCUUAUGCUUCCAGCAGUGCGAGUAGCUUCAGCUCCGCCAACAGCGGCGGUUUCGGUGGUAGUGGUGGAUAUGGUGGCAAUGGCGGUUAUCCAAGUGGUGGUGGCGGCUAUGGCGGUCAUCCAGGUGGUGGUGGCGGUGGCGGUAGUUGCAAUACAUGUGGUGGAGGUGGUGGCGGUAGCCCCGGUGGCUAUGGUGGUUAUGGUGGUAACGGUGCUUAUUCCAGCGCACAGUCCUCCGCAAGUGCUCACUCUAGCUCAUGGGGAAAGUGA